CCCAUCAUGGACAAUCCAGCAAAAACGGGUUACUGAACGAAAUCCUAUCGAUUAUACUAAUCUCCAUCGUCACUAUGACGUCGGUGCUUUUGUUGUCGACGAUAGUUGCAGUUUUGCGUGAGAUUGGCACGCAGGUGUUUCGUACGGCACCCUUGAUCUCUUGAGCCAAGAGAAAACACUUAUGGCCGGUGAAGUAUUCAUGGAGAAGGACAAUGCAGGCGCCUCCUCCUGCGGAAUCGGUCGGUUCCGGAAACACUGAAGAAGACUGGCAUGUGUUCGAGGUGCUGUGCAAAGAUAUGAACAUGGAAGAAGCUGAAGUGGACGUAGCGACAUCUCUCCGCAGCGAGAUCGCGGCCCUCCAGUACAAGCGAGACCGGCUGCAAACCGAUCUGGAAGAGAUGCGCUCUCAAGUUCGGACUCGCGACCAGAGAUGUCUCGACCUGCAAGUCGAGGCCGAUCAGUUGAGGGAGCAAUCGGCGAGGCAGAACGCCAUCAUCUCUUCGCUGAAGAAACGCGUCCACGAACUGGAAGAGAGAGAAAGGAAUCUGAUCGCAGCUCAGGGGAGGCAUGAGAUUGCUUUGCAAACUGCGCACAGAGAUGUCAGGUACAACGAAGAAAAAGUCAAAGAACUAGAAUCGAAAGUAAGAAAUCUUGAACUGGAUUUGAGUUCCGAAGAGCAAAAGAAAGAUUCCGCCAGGUUGCAACUGCAAGAUUUUGUUAGAAGACUUUCUAUUGCGUUGGGAGCCGACUUGCUGGAUUAUUCGCAUAUAUCUCCAGAAUCUCUGGUUCAUAAGGCUUCCGAAUUGGUACAGGAAACUUCAAGACUGCGCAACAAGGCCGGUAGCAUCCACGACACCCUCAGCACAGUAGAAGUGGACCUGCGCACAUGCAAAGAGAACCUGGAACGCGCAUUGGCCGACAGGGAAUGCUUACAGCGACAGUCAGCCGCGCAGCUGUUGGAAAUCGACCGACUGCGCCAAGAAAAGGAGAACGCCGAUAUGCAGAACAGAGUCACGGAAAGGGAAUUGAACGAACUCAAGGACAAACUGGCGUUGUCAAACAGAAGUUUGGGAAACGCAAGCGGCAACAUUGCCCAGCAGGAGUCGAUGAUAUGUCAGAUGAGAGACGACAUAAAGAUGAAAGAAGAAAGAAUCCUACGUCUUCAGGCGGAUAAUAAACACACUUUGGAAUCUCUGGCAAUCAUUCUAAGUACGCCCUCACGCUUCGUGGAAUCUUUAGAAGCUACCAUCAAAGACAGGAUUCACGAAAUAAUAAACGACAACAAGGACAAAACCGCUCAACUGGAAGCACUCCGAGACAAGUUGGGACAAGAGAGCCAGCAAUUAUCGCGGCAAAUAUCGCUGUACGAGCAAGCGACGGUGAGACUGAGAGCCCUCGAAGAUGAGAAGAAUCACCUGGAAGCGAGGUUGCACAAAGCGGACGCCGAAAUCAGUGCCUGCGAACUCUCGAGAGAUGGACUCAAGAGAGACAAAUCCACGUUUAUGAAUUUCUUAGACCGGCUAGCCAGAGCUCUUAAUAUGGAUGAGAUAUCCCACGACAUAGGAGUCGAUUUGCAUACCGAAUCUCUACUGCUUAGAGCUGAACAACUUGCGAGACUGGAAAGCGAAAAGUUGGUAGAUAAGACCGCCUUGGUGUACCAGCUCCAAAGAAGAGUACGGACUCUUCGGGAACAAGUCCAAAGAAAGGACCUCCACCUGGAUUUGCUCCGGAGGAAAUUAUCCCUGCAAGAAGACAAUGCCAAGACGAAGUGUCUGCUCCAGAACGAAAGAGACGAAGCCAAUAUGCGCGUCAAGAAACUUGUGAAACAAGUCGACAGGCUCCAGUUGCAAUUGUCCGAGGCUAAGAGCCAAAUUCGCGAUCUGAAUUCACAAUUAGCUGAAGCAGCCGAUUACAAGAUAACUGCUCUGGAAAGAGGCAGAAAGAUCGAAGACCUCCAAAAACGCCUGAUCGAAUCCGAAUCCCUAAGAACGAAGUACAACAGGAAGGUGACCUUGCUGAAGGAUCAAGUGAGAGCUACAGGUGAGACUAUCGAGCAGGAGCGCAACAUAAGCGACCAUUCGAUGCAGCUCAUCAGAGACGAGCUGGCCAGGGUCAAGGAUAGCUUGUCGGAGGUGCAAAGGCGGGAGUCACAGCUGCAGACCUUCAAGCAUUCUAUAGCGAAGAUUUUGGGAGUAGCGCUGCCGAUGCCGGAUUACGAGCUGGUGUCAAGACUCCAGAAACUGGUGGACGCCCACCACGACUUUACUCUGGUUUCCCGGAGAUACGAUGAUCCCGUAUUGAGAUUAACCUCGAGGAGUCCCACUGGAGGGAGUAGAUGCACCAGGACCCCGGACAGAUCCAGAUACGAUGAUUCUGGGUACACCGACGCCGUUGAUCUGGAUGACAUCGAUGAUGACCUGUUCAAAAGGCAAACUAGGCCUAUGUGACGAACGCAUUUCAGAGACUACUGAGUAGCUAAACCAGAAGUGUUCUGAAUUAGAAAUAGAUACUUGAAUUUUAUUUGUUUCAUAGAAUACAUAUUUCAUCUGUAUCACCAUAUAAUCAAAAUACCGUUUUCUUUUACGAAAGCACCAUUUUUAGUCUUGUGAUGGAAUUGGCCAACACUUUAUGAAAUUUUUCUGAUUGAUUCGGUCAUAGUAAUUUCAUGAUCAACAUAG